AUGCAGGUACAGCUACAAGAUGCUGAUGCAGAAUCGUCGACCCGAAGGACGUCUGGUCAGAUAUAUAACCCGCAAAGCGAGAACGAUUCGAGAAGCUCGGGGCGGUUGAAUACAUGCUCAACCAGUAACCCCUCACACUCUCCCAAUGUGGCUACACACGACCAAGAUGAUCCUGAUGAGCCUCUACCUUCGAUUGAGACGGAGCCUGAACUCGGACCAACUCUCACCACUGACCGCGACUCGGCACUGCGGGCCAGGUCUCCCUCCUUUUUCAUUAGUCCGCCUCCUUCCAAAAACCCAUUCUUCACUCCUUCAUGUACACCAGUCUCUAAAGCUGCUCCUGUCGCUGAGUCGCAGGUUUCGAGCCUUGACGAGCGCAUGGCAGCGCUAGGGCUAUCCAGGGAUUCCACUCCACAUCAGUCCUUGUCCAGAAGGACAGCUUCUCCUACUCGCAACAGCACGCACGAUCAGCCUUCUUCCCCUGAUAUUAUUCCGAAUGGCGGCUAUGUCGCUCCAAUCUCCCCAACCCCUAUUCUCAGGGAACCAGAUGGCUUGCAGUCUAGCCUACCAAACAAAGCAACCCAUCUUUCUCCACGGUCCCCGAGUCCAGACAUUGUCAUGGGCGACGGAGCGAGCAGUCCUGGAUCUGCGUCCCGACGCCGCUCGGGCUCUCGCGUCGACUUAACACCCCACAACGUUACUGAGGAAGAGCCUCCCGACGCAACGUUCCACGACCCCGACUUCCAGCUCCAGCUUGCGAUCUCCAAGGGUCUAGUUGAAGAUCUCGUUUCUAUCCUGGAAAGAUCCUCAUUACAUAAUGAGCCCGAAUCACGAAUCCGGGGGCUUUACUUGCAGGCUGUUAAAUUGAGUCGAUAUCAGCAUCCUUCUACUCGUACCGUUGGCCUAGUGGGUGACACCGGGGUCGGAAAAAGCAGUCUGCUGAACUCGUUGUUAGAUCGCAUCGGGUUUGCACGCACCGGUAACAGUGGAGUGGCAUGCACAUGUGUUGUUACAGAGUUUCACUAUCAUGAGAAUGCCAAGUUUGCCCUCGAAGUGGAAUACUUCACCCGGGAAGAGAUUCGAGAGCGGUUCACCGAGCUUUUGCGAUCCUACCGAAGCCAUCACUUACAUGAGCAUGAUGACACUAGGACGACGGCAGAUCACCGUGGGGCCUUGCAAGAAAAUGCAAAGGCCGCUAAAGAUACAUUUUGUGCCGCAUUUGGGAACUACCUCGCUCAGAAUGAACGAUUCCUGCUUGAUUAUCCGGAAGAGAAUGUGCUCCAGACACUGCAAACAUGGGCUGUGAGCACGGGUUUUCCAGUGGGAGAAACCAACACGGCGCCCAGAAUUGAAUUCGCUCGUGCAGAGGACUGCUCUAAUCACUUAAUGGAAUUGACCUCUGAGCCAGUAGAUGCUACCGAGCCCUCUAAAUGGCCAUUCAUUCGAAAGAUAAGGGUUUACCUCAACGCCUAUAUUCUGAGCAAAGGUCUCGUACUGGUUGAUCUUCCAGGCCUUCGGGAUCUCAACUCGGCUCGAUUGAACAUCACAGAGAGAUACUUGCUCGAAUGCGACGAGAUAUUUGCUGUCUGCAAUAUAGGCCGCGCCACGACGAACCCUAGCGUCAAGGAAGUGUUUGAGCUAGCAAAGAGGGCUUCGUUGUCGAAUAUUGGAAUCGUUUGCACAUACUCUGAUGAGAUCCUCGCCGACGAAGAAGAGCAAGUUCCGGAUGAAGGAAUUAGGAAUGAAAUCCGGAGGUUGAGAGGGAAUGUUGACGACCUUGACAAAAUCGUUAGAGCGACCGAAAUCGAACUCCUCGACGACACUUCUGACGGCGAUGUUGACGAUGACAUGAAGGACCAAAUGACGAGAAAUGUGAUGUCAUUACACACUACCCUCGCAAGGACAAGAUUGAUGAGGUAUCUCGUCACCGCCCGCAACCAGAAAGUCACGGGAGAGCUCCAGAAGCUUUAUCAGAACCAAGUCCCUACAGCGAACCUCCCUGUCUUCUGCAUCGGCAACAAAAUCUACCGGGAAAACCGAGAUAAACCAAAAACCGAGGCUCUGCCCUACCUGCAGUUGUCGGGAAUUCUGCAAGUCCGGAGACAUUGCCUUUCCCUAGUCGCAGAAGGCCAGCUCCGUGCUGCAACAGAGUACGUCACCAACGCCAUUCCAGCAUUGCUCGGAUCGAUUGAGCUCUGGAUUCAAGCUGGUGCGGGAAGUGUGGGCGCCGAGAGAAAGCAGGCAAUUCGAGGAGCUUUGGAUCGGAUUGAAGAGGAGUUUGAAGCCGUAAGUGCUUUGGCACAUGCGUAUGCUGAUAGCCUACAAGGACAAGCGUUGAACUCGAACAGCUGGAGAGAAGCGGCGAUAGAUGCUACAGCUGAGUGGUCAGGGUGGAAUCAGGCUACUUACAUUGCCUUCUGUCGAAAGUACGGAAACCAUGAGACAGAGGCGACAAUAAUACGCCGCUGUUGGAACGAAGAAGCUAUGCAAGCCAUGGUUACUGAUAUGAAAGCUCCGUGGCAAAAAUUUCGCCAGGACAUACUCAGACUUCAAGACGGUGUGUCUGAGGCAAUUGAAAACAUUUUCGGUCGUGCUGUCGCUCAAUCUGCUCCGCCUGGGCUUCCAAAAAAUUCUCUGCGGACUUUGACUGUCACCCUGAGACACAGGAAAGCCCUGCUUAUGACGCAGGUAGAAAAUUUGUGUGGUGAAUUCGAAAAAAGCGUAUCAAUUCUCUGGACCGAUGCGUCUUCCGGCAUUCGCAGCUCAUUCAUGGGUCAAGCCAUGGAGCAAUCCUACAACACAUGCAUUAGUGACGGGGGGAGAGGAAGCGACAAGAGGCGUAAAGCCACUAUACGCAGCGGGUUUGGCAACGACCAGCUUUUCCCAACCAUCCAGCGCAAAUUUCGCAACGGGUUCUCCAAGCUCAGCCGCGACCUGGACGCCAAGAUCCAAGAAGCCGUCACGACACAUCUCGCCGUCGUUCAACGGGAUGUGGAUACCUUGAGGAACGAGAAUGUGGUCCUGGAGAGCGAGAGCGAUCCCAAGUUCCGAACGCUGCUGGAAACCGAGGUGCGCAAAAUCAGAGUGCAACUGAACGACGCGAUUGCGGUCUAUUCUCGUCUCGCACCGCCCGCCUCCUGA